UUUCGUUAGACUAGCAAGCUUUGCAAAAUGUGUUCUUAUUACUGAAAAGAAUUUGACUUGGUUUGUGUUGCCUGACGACAAGGCUCGGUUGCAAAAGUUCUCCAAUCUGAAUCUGGUCGCAGGAAAUAUGGAAAACCCAACUUCUGCAGAUUCCCUUCGGGAGUUUGACUUUGUGUUCGCCCAGGCUGCAGGCUAUGUGCCCUGGCCGGGAAUCCUCCAAAGGAAACUUCUUUGCACUGGAGUUGUUCAGUUUAUGUUAACAAAUGGGAGGCAGAGCAUCCCCUAUGCAAAAAUCUGGCCUUACGACGAUCGUAGCAAAGAGCAGUUUAUUACAAGCCAGAAUAUGAAGCACAAGGCAUUUUGCAAAGCGAUUUUUAUCAUCGAGAAACUUCGUUCUGACAACGUGGAUGUUCUUUCUGAGAGCGCCGACUGGGAGCUGGAAUCACCUCUAGAGGUGCCACCUGGCAAGUGUCCUGCUCUGGAGCAGAGACGGGCAGAAUGGGAGCUCAACUAUGUGCGAGAAGUCCGCCUGGAGCGCGAUUCUUUGGUUGUGGAGGCGAAAUUUAUCCAAGAGCUCAACGUACUGCGCAGAAGCUUGACGGUCAGAAAACAGGUAUACCCAUCCGCCCUGUUGGCCUUGCAAGAGCUUCAAGGUCUGGCCCUUAGCGAACUUCUCCUGGUCCGCAAUUUCGGGGCUGUGGAAGCGAUAAAUAGUUUGUGCAGCUUUGCUUCGGCACAGCCGCAAGACAGACAAGAAGCGGAACAGGUGAAAAGUCUCGCCAACCAACUAAUGCACCGCUUCGCGUCGCAUUUCAAGCAACCAUUUAGUACUUCCGAUUUUUGGUCCGAGUACUGCUUACGAUCCAAAAUCUAUCGAAGCCACACCGCGGACAUAAAGCCCAAUUGACAUGGAAAAUGAAAUCAAUAAAAUAUUUUAUUAAAAACA